AUGUUGGCCAGAAAAAGCAUCAUCCCGGAGGAGUUCGGUCUGCCGGGGCUCGUCUCCCGGAUGCCCCGCAAGCCGGUGUUCAGGGACCGCGUGAACAAAGCGCGCUUCAUCGCCAAGAACGGCUCGUGCAACUUGGCGCACAAGAACAUCCGCGAGCAGGGCCGAUUCCUGCAGGACGUGUUCACCACGCUGGUCGACCUGAAAUGGCGCUUCACGCUGGUCAUCUUCACCACGACGUUUGUCAGCAGUUGGCUGCUGUUCGCCAUGAGCUGGUGGCUGGUGGCGUUUGCGCACGGAGACCUGGACCCGGAGCGGCAGAACGGGACCCACUGCGUCACCGAUGUCAAGUCGUUCACCUCAGCCUUCCUCUUCUCCAUCGAGGUUCAGGUGACCAUCGGCUUCGGAGGACGGAUGAUAACAGAACAGUGUCCGACUGCCAUCACUGUCCUCAUCAUGCAGAACAUAGUGGGACUCAUCAUCAAUGCUGUCAUGCUGGGUUGCAUCUUCAUGAAGACGGCUCAGUCAAACCGGCGAGCAGAGACGCUGAUCUUCAGCCGUCACGCCGUGAUCGCCGUCAGAAACAACCGCCUGUGCUUCAUGAUCCGGAUCGGAGAUCUGAGGAAGAGCAUGAUCAUAGGAGCCACUGUCAGGUUACAGGUGGUGAGGAAGACGACCACACCUGAGGGGGAGGUGAUCCCCAUCCAUCAGAUCGACGUACAGACGGAGAGUGCCGUGGCCAGCAACAGCCUGUUCCUCCUCGCCCCGCUCAUCAUCUGCCACGUCAUCGACAAAAACAGCCCGCUGUACGACCUGUCGGCCAUGGAGCUGCAGUGCAGCGACCUGGAGGUCAUCGUCAUCCUGGAGGGGGUCGUGGAGACAACCGGGAUCACCACGCAGGCCCGGACCUCCUACGUCUCAGAGGAGAUCCAGUGGGGUCACCGCUUCGUUCCCAUAGUGACAGAGGAGGAGGGCGUGUACUCUGUGGACUACUCCAAGUUCGGUAACACGGUGAAGGUGGCGACGCCGCGCUGCAGCGCCAGAGAACUGGACGAGAAGCCGUCCAUCCUAAUCCAGACUCUGCAGAAGAGCGAGCUGUCGCACCAGAACUCGCUGAGGAAGCGCAACUCCAUGCGACGCAACAACUCCAUGCGUAAAGGCGCAGGAAGCAGCGGAAACCUGCGCAGGAACAACUCGGGGAUCGCCACGCCCAAAGUCCAGUUCUUCACCCCGACUGAGGGAGGCCAGACGAUGAACGCCGUCACCUGACAUGAGGCCUGCCUCCUGCUGGCUGCCCUGCUCCUCCUGGUGGGAAGGAGGAUUGUGGGUGUUUCUCCUGCUCUGAUGGGACUCAUUGUGUUUCUGUUCCCUGCCUUAUCUAGACUUAUCUCCCAGCACUUUUACUGUUAAUACAACACGUUCCCGGGUCGCCAGAUACCAACGCCGCUUUGUCAUGCUCCUUGGCGUCUCAUACAGAGUACCCUUUAGUGUCUGUGUGCCUUCCUGACAGAAAGUCCUUCUAACACCUGGUUAAUGUUGUGAAACUGCUGCAGUUUGGUGAGAAUCAAGCACCAAAACCACUUGGUUUAGGAAGAGAUAACUGACUUUUGGUGUCACUAGAGACUCUUUCUACUACGUCAGGUGGAGCAGUUGCUAUCCAAUAUGGCCGCUGAUGGGUUUGAUUUAGAGUCAGUUGAAAAUCUGCUGCAUCUUAUGCAGAUGUUAAAGCAUACAAAUAUAAAAAGAAGAUAGAAACCAUCCCUCAAUGAUUUCCUUUUAUUCCCUCCCAAGAGAUUUAACAAUUAUUCAGAGUUGGCCUCAUGUGAAAACUCACAACAGUUGUUCACACCUGGCCUCAGGUGAGUCCAACGACUGGUGUUACAC